GUUAACUCUGAUGUUGAAAUUAACAAGCAAAUUUGGUAAGGUGUUCAAUAAACGUGAACGUGUGCCGGCACUAUUUUCACGAAAUAUCGAGCCUUUAUUCGAAAUUUGAUAAUUAGUUAUUGAAAGCAUCAAUUUGAGUUAUCGAAUUGUGUAAUUUAUUUGUAAUUAGGUAUCUGGUAUUGAAAUGGCUGCAAUGUCUGUGAUAGGAAUUGACUUGGGAAACGAGUCAUGCUAUGUUGCUGUAGCUAAAGCUGGAGGAAUCGAAACUAUUGCAAAUGACUACAGUUUGCGGGCAACUCCGUCAUUUGUUGCCUUCUCUGGGAAGAAUCGUAUUCUUGGGGUUGCUGCUAAGAACCAGCAGGUCACCAACAUGAAGAACACUGUAUAUGGCUUGAAACGACUUCUGGGAAGGAAGUUCAGAGAUCCUCAUGUUCAAAAAGAAAUACCAAUGCUCCCCUUCACUGUUGUUGAAGAAAAAAAUGGGGGAAUUGGGAUAAAGGUAAAUUAUUUGAACGAGGAACAUAAAUUUUCUCCAGAGCAAUGUCUAGCCAUGUUGCUCACCAAACUAAAGGAAGUCGCAACUACCGCUCUCCAGACUCCAAUAAAUGAUUGUGUUAUUUCCGUACCCUCAUACUUCACUAACAAUGAACGAAAAGCCUUACUUGAUUCGGCUACUAUUGCAGAAAAGUGUGAAAAAUCUUCACUUUUUUCAUGGUUUUCGCUAGCCACACACCACACACUUCGGUUUUGCGUUAUUUUAGUUCAAACAUACUUGUUCAACGAUCAAAACAGCCCACGAAAGAUGCAGUCUAUGGGCUCCUUCACGGGAUUCAGCAAGGCAGCAAGCGAACAAAUCAAGGCAGGGUUAAACGUACUAAGGCUAUUUAAUGAAACGACAGCCACUGCUCUGUCCUAUGGCAUUUACAAACAAGAUCUCCCUGCCCCAGAAGAAAAACCCCGUAAUGUUGUGUUCGUCGAUUGCGGGCAUUCUUCAUUGCAAGUUUCUGCUUGUGCCUUCCACAAAGGCAAACUGAGAAUGAUAACUACUGCUUCUGAUGCCAACUUGGGCGGCAGAGAUUUUGAUUUGCUCAUUGCUGAUCAUUUUGUGGAACAGUUCAAGACCAAGGCAUUUUUACGGUUACUGGGCGAGGCGGAAAAGUUGAAAAAACAAAUGUCGGCCAAUUCCACUACUCUGCCCUUGAACAUUGAAUGUUUCAUGAAUGACAAAGAUGUAUCUGGCACUAUGAAAAGAACCGACAUGGAAGAGAUCGCCGGUCACUUGUUUGAAAGAGUUGAAAUCACCUUGAAACGGUGCUUGAGUCAGUCAGGAUUAACCGUGGACGAAAUCCAUUCCGUGGAAAUAGUCGGCGGUUCCUCCAGGAUCCCAUCGAUCAAACAGCUGAUCGAGAAGGUGUUCAAGAAAGUGCCGAGCACCACUCUGAAUCAAGACGAAGCAGUUAGCAGAGGAUGUGCUCUGCAAUGCGCGAUGCUAUCGCCUGCUAUCAGAGUACGCGAAUUCAGCGUCACCGAUGUCCAAGCUUAUCCAAUUACCGUGGCUUGGGAUGCAAGUCCUGGCGGUGAAUCUGCUGGUGAGAUCGAGGCUUUUCCUUUGAAUCAUGCCGCACCUUUCUCGAAGAUGUUGACUUUCUACAGACAGGAGCCGUUUUCUAUCAGGGCUAGAUAUACGGGCAACAUACCUUACCCUGACCAUGAAAUAGGCACUUGGGUGAUCAAAGACAUCCGGCCGAACGCCGACGGCAAAGCGCAAAAGGUCAAGGUCAAAGUGCGCGUCAACCUGCACGGCGUGAUGACCGUGUCGAGCGCCUCGCUCUACGAGGCCAAGGAGGCCGUGGAGCCGGACGCGCCCGACGACGACCGAUCGCCGCCGAAGGAGGAGCCGACGGGCGGCGAGCCGGCGGAGGCGGGCGAAGAAGCGCCCAUGGAGGCGAACGGUGGCGGUGCGACAGGCGGUGCGGGUGCUCCUGAGGAGGGCAGUGAUAAGAAGAAGAAGCAAACGCUGAAGAGCGUCGAAUUGCCCAUCGAAGCUUUGACCACCGGAUUUUCGCAAGUGGAAAUCAACCAUUUCACCGAGCAGGAAUUCAAGAUGAUCGCCUCCGACAAGCAGGAAAAAGAAAGGGCUGACGCGAGAAACGCCCUGGAAGAGUACGUGUACGAGCUGAGAAACAAGGUGUCCUCCGAGGACGAGCUGGCCCCCUUCAUUCUGGAGAACGACAGGAGCGCUCUGGUCUCGCAGCUCGACGACAUGGAGAACUGGCUGUACGAGGAGGGCGAGGAGUGCAACAAGCAGGUGUACGUCGAUAGGCUGGCGCAGCUGAAGGCGAUCGGGGAGCCGGUGCAGACCAGGAAGAUCGAGUCCGAUCUGCGGCCGGUGGUGGUCGAGGAUUUCGCCAAGUCGUUGCAGCUGUGCAUGAAGGCCAUGGAAUUGAUCAGGACGAAAGACCCCAAAUACGCCCACCUCACCGACGACGACCACCGCAAAGUCGAAGAAGCCUUCAAGCACUCGUACCAGUGGCUCGAGCAGAGCCGCUCCAAGAUCUCGUCUGCCCCCAAGCACCUGCCGCCCCCCGUCACCGUAGCCCAAAUCAGACAAGAAAGGGCGGCCUUCGAGCAGAACGUCAACGCCGUGCUGAACAAGCCGCCGCCCAAGGCCGCCUCGCCGCCCAAGGAGGAGCAGCCGAAGGGGGAGGGGCAGGCCAAUGCGCAGGCCAAUGCGCAGGCGGACGGACAGAGCGAGAAGACGGAGGAUAAUAUGGAGUGGUCGCCGACGCAGUAAAGGUCGUGACACAAUGUAGAGGAGUAGAGAAUGAGGAAUGAAAAAUUUCAACUACAAUUUCGGAAUCGGUAAGUUAUAUUUCUGAAAUUGAGUUUACCAUUUCUGAAAUCGAUUCCGAAAUAGAAGUUGAAAAGGUAUAGUGCUAUUCCUUAUUCAUAUUCCUUAGUCUUUUGCAUUGUGUUUGGACCUUGAUGGGUCGAGGACUAGGUGUUUUUUUAAUUGAAUUUAGGGAGAUGUGGGGUCAGCGUAGCGGGUUUGUGGGGUUGGGUGUGGGGAUGAGGAGGUCGCGGCAGUAUCGUUGAAAGUAUGAUGGCUGCCCACAAGGACACUAUGGGCUAUUAUUCCGAAUUCAACUGUCAGUUGUGUCAUUUAUUCCUCAGGAUGUGUCACGACGAGCUUACACUAUCUAUAUCGAGAAUCAGCCGCAAGAAAUUUAUGAAAAUGUGCAUGCUCAUAUUGGUUUGAAAUAUUUUCGACAAUACAGUGUUGCCGUUUCUACUAGAAAGUAGCAAGAAUUUUGUUAAUUCAAAUGGAAUAACCCUGUAUUACAUUGCAAUUUUAGAUUCUACCUGGAGAGCUGAUUUCUUCAAUGUAUCACACUUGGGGUUGAGCGAAAAUGAUUACAGAGAUAUAGGGUGUUCAAAAUCGAGAAUGUUAACGUUUUUUUGUGUCGAAACUACUCAUUAUUGGUCAAAAUGGCUUAUAUUUCCCUGUCUUAGCUUUUGAUUCACUAUUGACUAUUGACUGUUAUUUAAUUGAAACAAUUAAAUGUCAGUAGAUAGUGAAUCAAAAGUUGGGGAUAGGGACAUGUAAGCCGUUUCGACUUAUAAUGAUCAGUUUGGACACGAAAAAUUCCUAAAGUUGAAAAAUCUUGAUUUUAAACACCCCAUAUCUUUGUAAUAAUUGCCGCAACACCCGAUGUGUAAUGGGUUGAUGAAAUUGGCUCUUCAGUUGGAAUCUAAAAAUGCAAUGAAAUGAAAUACAGGGUGUUCCAUUUUAAAUAGCAAAGUUGUUGCAACUUUCUAGUAGAAGCGGCAACACUGAAUUGUCGAAAAUAUUUCAAACGAGUAUAUUUACUAUCGCUUGUAUAAUAAGAAGCCAUUCUUAUUACUCAUUUUAGUAGGGAAACCAAAAAAUUCAAUGUUUCCAAGAAAAUGCGAAAAAUGGUUUGGCAUUUUGGGAAAGAUGAUCUUCUUUUUAAAUGAAACGUAAAAAUCAUUCUCACCAUAAAUGUUCACCUUCUCUCAAGAUAGUUGAAAUCUUAUCUAUAGAAUCUCAUAACUGGUUUUAUUCAAAUUUGUGAUCAAAACGAAUUUCGUUUCAAUUUAGGCUAAUUCUUCAUCAAACAGGACUUGUUUUUGCGAAAUUGAAGUGAGCCAAAUGGACAAAUUUAUUUUGAUUAAUUUGGACUUGAGGUACAUAAAACCAGAAUAUCUCCGAAUAAUUAGAAAAACUGAAAAAAAGAACUGCGGCAAAUAACGUCAUGCCUCGCGAGAAUCAUAUUUUAUUUACAAAAUGACAGUGACGUCAUAUAUCGCAUAUAGAAAUGGAAGUGGAAUUGACACUAUUGUGAAGCAACAGGAAAUACCUUGGUAAAAAUAUCCAAAAAGUCACAAUACUGUUUAUUUAUGGUCUCCACUUCAAACCACCUGAGUAGUGUAUUUUCUUGUUUUCCGUCUAUUUUAUGUAUGCAUUCAGCCAAGCAUUCUGUACACACCUUCUGAAAAUAUAUAAAAUCUGAACUAUACCGCAUUCGAACGCGUCAAACGUCUGUAGAUCGUCUAGCCAUUUUUUUUCUCCCGCCAAUCAAAUUCUGCUAACAUUUUCCAAUACAAGGUGUCCAGGGGCCCGAUUCUCGAAUCCGUUGGAAUUCGUUCCCAUGGGGAAAACUUGGUAUUUCCCAUGGAAAUUUGAGAUGAUGUAUUCUUGAAAUAUUGUAUGGGAAACCAUCCCUACA